AUGGACAAUUUCGAGGACCGAAUUGGACAGCUCGAAGCAAUCAUAAGAUCACAUGGCGUACAACCAACCCAGGAAUUCCAAAAUGAGAUCCCUGGCAACAAUACUGCAGCCAUUAGCACGCUGUCCGAUGAAACUUUCGAUUUACCUGAAAAUUGGGAUGAAGAUCAUAACGCCUUGUCAUGGAAUCCGGUCACUGACAAAACGAUUCUGGAGUCUAACCCGCUGGGUCCUCCGCAGAACUCACUGUUGGCCUCUUCUCCUCUUGAGGCGAUAUUCACCAUACCUCGGAUCUAUGGGGAGCCAUCUGUUCUGUCAGCCAUCAAUGGGACAAAUUAUCAAGACCACUGGAAGUGUCCGAAUGCCGUUCUAAACAAUAGCAACUGGCCAUCGAUCGAGGAUAUAGCUCUGCGCUGUGAACGUGAAUUGCCUUCGGCGCAUGAAGCGUCUUUGAUGCUCCAAGAAUAUCUCAUGGACUACAAUUCUGUAAUCCCGCUAUUCGAUAGACAGACGAUAGCAUUGCAUUUCCAGGACUGUUACUCAGGCAGUUCCGACGUCAAAGGUGUCUCGUGGGGUGCGGUCUACGUGGUUCUUGGGAUAGCUCACCAGCUGAGAGCCAUGAGUCCAUUGGCGAAGGAAGAUGAUAAUGUACGCGCCAUCAAGUAUCUGGACCGAUGUAUGAGAAGAAUACCGGAACUUCUGAUGGACACUCCAUCCCUGGCCCUGGUCCAAUGUCUACUAGGGGUUGCCCUUCUAGUUAGAGGGACGCCUCGAGCACAGUCAGCCGCUCUGUUCGUCUCCAUCGCCAUGCGUCUGGCUCAAGACAUGGGAUAUAACGAGAAGCGUGCACACGAUGGUGAUAGCGCCUUUCAAGCCGAGCAGGAAAACUUUGUCUUCUGGAUCGCUUUCUUCCUCGAUGCAGACCUUUCACUGCGGUCUAACCGUCUCCCGACCCAGAGCUACGAGCACAUUGACGUAAACUUACCGGAGGACGAUAAUCCUGGUGGCGCUGGCAUUCUGCGUGCCGAGGUCGGGGGUCUGAGAGCGAAUAUUCUUCGCAUUCGAGCGCAGAUGGGCCUCAUUCAAGCCGAGAUCAUGGAAGAGCUGUUCAGCGUCAAAGCUAGGCGACGACCCGUGACGGAGCUGACAUCGAUGGCAGACAAGAUCACCUUACGGCUCGAUCAAUGGAGAGAUAAUUGGCUGUUUCAGGUUCGACCCAACGACCUGAUGCGCAUGUUGCAGAGAUCCGAAAUGGUGCACAUCUUGGUCCUGGAAGCGGCCUACUUCACCACCACCUGUGCACUACAAUCGGAGAUCAUACAGACCGGCCAGAGAACCGAUUGCAGCAUCCUCAUGUCCGACCUUCUAGCCCAAGCCGACGCCGCCAAAGAGCCGCCGUGUUACCCCCAUGCCAGGAGAUUCCUCGAGCUCGUGGCUGUUUGUCCCUCGGGACACAUGUCUUGCACUUGGAUGGUAUUCGACGCCAUUGUGAUUUCAUCAUGCGUCCUUCUCAAGCGCGCCUCCACACACCCUCACGAGGAGCUGUCCGCCGAUGAUGUGCGCCAGACAGAAUUUCCAUUGAGGAUUGUUACCAUGCUGGCGGCGAAGACCGGUAGUCCUGAUCUUCUGAAAAUCCAAGUCAAUUGCCAAGUAUUGCUCGAGAGAGCUAAUCAGGCUUUGGGCAGGCGUUGA